UCGACAGCAGGCAAAGUAACAAGCAGCUGGUUUAAAGUUGUCAUUUGAAUUCUCUUCUCACUUCACACAAUAACAACGCAGUUUCCGUUUGCCGCAGUCGGGAACAUAUCGAUUCAAUAAUAGCCCCCGUGCGGUUAGUCCAGUAGCCGGUGGAUCAUGUCUAACUCAUCCGUUCGGCCUAUUCCCACGCUGAAGGGCAUCUUUUCGGUGCCGCGCGUCACACAGUCCCGAAACUUCCUCAAGGAGAACAAGGUAAGCCUACGUUCGCUGGAGAAGACCACUAGCGAGAAGUUGGCCGCAAAGCAGUCAGUGCGUCCCAGAUGGAUGCCUCCCCAGCUCCGACGUGCCGCUUCUGAGGUGAGGGAGGGCAAGGAAUCGAAGACGGACCGACCGCAGCCCAGGGCCAAAAAGACACUAACUCACGGAAACUCCCUGGAACAAGCGGCCAUCAGCUCUCGUUCCCAGCACCAACUGGCCCCCGUGAUUCCGGGGGACGGCGAGCGUUUCGAUGGGCUAGAGGAACGCAAUCCCCUCUUCUACGCUCCAUCAGAACAGGUGGAAGCGGAGAACCUUUUGGACUCGGCAUCCCAGGCGCCGUCGGAUCGUUGCCAAUCUUGCGGCACCCAUCGAAGCUCCACCAGCAUUGCUAUUCAAACAGAGGACAUAACUGAUGAAAUAUACCUCACAAACGCUCUCAAAAAAUGCAAUUUCGAUGGAAGAUCCGUGAUGGAGGACACGCGUUCAAAGAUUGAAGACAACUACAGACAACUGCAGUACGAGGACGAGGAAGAGCUGGAGCAGCUACCUUUGUCAGCCCGCUCGAGCUCUUCGAAACACAGCCGCUUCCACAUGUCCGAGGCCGAAGCAAUGCCCGAGGCCGAGCCCAAAAACUUUCUUGGCUCUGAUGACGAAGGGCCACUCAGUGCCCGUAGCCGUUUCACGACGGCAUCGAAUGUCACCACAAUAACCAACAAGUCUAAGCGUCGUGAACAUAAACUAGGCUCCCGUGAUGAGGUGCGUCUGCCACGCUACUUGGAGAAGCAGAAGCGCGAAAAAGCCGAGGCCAAGCAGCUCGCGGAUAUGCAGGAUCCAGAUUGUCCCCGCGGGCAUGUAUUGCUCAGCGAUCAGGAUCGGCUGACCUACCUCAACAAUGCCCAGAAGCGCUACGAAAGUCUCGUUAACGAGCUGAACCACAUGCCCAUGACCGCGCAGACUUUGCGCGUGCGCACUCGUAAGGCGGAGAUUGACAAGGAGCUGACCACAGUGGAGGAGCAAAUCCGGGUCUACUCGAAGGCGAAAGUCUACGUGAUGGCCCACAAGUCUCGCCAGCUGUAAAGGACUGAGCGACUCGUCGGAUGUUGAAGCGUUUUAUCGACUGAUUAAGCUAGAACACCAAAAAUUACUUGCGUUGGUUAUAUUUUUUUUAGCCAGUCUGGGAAGUGAGAGCUCCCAGCUUUCGGCUACUAGCGUUACAAAUUAAAAAGCAGUCUAUCCAA